AUGCCCACCCCCAAUCACAACCACAACCACAACCACAACCACAACGCCACCAACAACAACAACCAUCCCCAUCCCCAAACCCAAACCCUCCCCCCCCAAACCCCCCAAAACCCCCUCCCAUACCCCCUCCACCCCCACCCCGAAGGCGGCUAUUUCCACCAAACCGACCGCCACCCUCUCACCCUGCCCACCCCGUGGCCUUCCCCCCAGGGAAGCUCCCGCUCCCUUAGCACAACAAUCACCUACCUCCUCACUCCCUCCUCCGCGGUGGGCGUCUUCCACCGCAAUAAGGGGCGGACGGUGCAUUCGCUGCAUCGGGGACGGGGGCGAUACGUUCUGUUGCGGGAGGAUGCACCGGUUAAUGGGGAUGGGGAUGAGGAUGAGGAUGAGGAUGAGGUGGAUGGGUCAGGGGCAAAGGGAGGGGGAAGGCGAAGCAAAGGCCAAGGCCAAGCUACCGUCGAAACCUUCGUGGUGGGUAUGGAUACGCAGCACGGGGAGCGGAUGCAGUGGGUGGUUGAGGGGGGGGUGUGGAAGGGGUGUUUUUGGGAAACACGGGACAUUGACAGUGAUGAUGGGGAGGGGUUUGAGGGGAUGUUGAUUAGUGAGACCGUCGUGCCUGGGUUCGAGAUGGAGGACCACGAGUUCCUCUCGCGGACGAAGAUGGAGGAGAUGCUCCCGGAGGAGCAGACGCAGGAACUCCAGUGGAUGUUGCGGGAGAAUCAUCCUGAGGUACCAUCUUUCUAGCAUGCAUGCAACCUGUAUUCCAGGAAAUAAAAUAUACAUCUAACCCGUCUAAAACCCAUCCAUCC